AUGGCCAGAACAAAGCAGAAAACGAGGAGAUAUAGGGCAGAUGGUUCCUUUUACCAUUCGGACAGUGAGACUGUCAACUCUGAUGGCUCCAUUAGGGUGCCUGCUAGUGAAAUUUCUGAGCCCCCCCCAAACCCUUCCUCUGACCUUCCCCAAACUCCAACUUAUUACUCUUCCCCUUCUUCAAGAGGCACCCCCAGUGAUACUAUAUUGCGGGAAGUCGACAGUCAAUACCAGGCCGAGUCUUCAGAACAGGCGCCGGAGGAGAGUCUAGGGGAGGACCCUGCUAGCCCCAGCCGGCAGUCCCCUAGCUCUAGGGAGAGCUCUGAUGACGAUUCGGCCUCGUCAUCUUCUGAAAAUGCCUCCGUUACUUCAGAGGAGGCCAGAGCAAAGAUAAGCACUGCAAGGGAAUCCUUGUUAGUGGAAAAGGGGGAAGGCUGGGCGGAGCCGAGUGCUUCUAGGCGCUUGGAACGCGCCCCCUACUAUCAUCAUGUCCCGCCAAACAAAGCUAUGGAAAAGGUCUCGACAAAAAGGAAGCCGGCUGCUGUCUCUGCAGCAAAAUAUCGCUCGAACAGUGGUUCCACCAGGCCAUCUCCCUCCAAGCAAUCCCAACCCAAAAUUCAGAAAACUAGGGCUGGUGAUGUGAGUGCAUCCGGCAAGAACCGGAAGCACAUUGCUCACAAUCCCAAGAAAGGGGACGGCUCUACUCUCGAAGCUGACAAGGAGGUCAGCAAACCGGAUGCUACUCAGGCAUCGAAGGGUGGCUUUAAGCAACCCAGUACUGCUGUCGGCUCAGCAGGAGAAAAGAGGCGUCACGGGAAGGAGGAGGAGGUUCAGCCGAACGCUACUGUGCAAAGGCCGACUGUCGUUCAGAUGGCCAAGGAGAUGAUGAGGGCGCUUGACCUAGAGGACAAGGCGUCCGUAAGAGGAGUCAGCACCCUUAACUUGGAUGCCAUCUUGGGGAACCUCUGUGAGGUAAAGAAGGACCUGGAUUCGGCUCGCUCCAAAAUCAUUGACCUUAAGGCCGAAAUUAAAGGUCUUAAGGACAAGCUUGAGCCUCUUCAAGAGGCCAAGAAAGAGGCCGAGAAGGCCAAGGAGCGGGUUGGCCGCCUGGAGGUGCGCCUGGUGAACCAGGAGAAGCAGCUGAAGUCCAAGUUCAAGUCCCGAGCUGAGGAGGAGAAGGAGGCCCUUGUUAAACAAAUGAUGGAGGACUAUGAGGCCAUCAUGCGGAUGGCAUGGGAGGCAGUACAGCCGGGUGCUGACUAUAGCACCUGGAAAUCCAUGUUUGAUCAAGAAAAUGAGGAUUUCAAUGUUGAACUUCUUCGCCAAUCUGAAGAGGAGGCAAAAAAGGCUGAUGCUGAGGGCGAAGAGGCCGACUCCUCAUCAGGCUCUUCUGGGGACGAGGAGAAUGAUGAAAAUGCGGAGCAACCGGCAGGUGAUGAUGCGGCUGCCAAUGUUGAUAACUCCCUUGCCCCUUAA